GGUUACAGCUACACGGAGAGGUUGUUUAUCUUCUCUUUUUUUCCUUGUUCAAACUCCAUUUCACAUCCAAGCAUAAGGUUCGCUGGAACGAAUUUGAAAAACCAUGGUUGAAACACAAGAUCAAAGAAAGCACUUGGCUCAGUCCAAGUCAAUUGGUCGUUGCAUAGUGUCCUUUAUCUUCGUCUUCCUCACUCAAUUGGUCCUCUCUUUGGUCCCCCGCUUCUUCUCUGCCUCUUCCUUUCUCACCCAACUCGCUCUCUCAGUUCUACUGCUUCUGCUGUUUAUGGGUUUUGGUGGAUGGUGCAGAAGGAGGCUUCUUCAAGUCCAUGCUUCAGCUCCGGCUUUCGUUUUCUUCAACAUUCUCUUUAUUUGGGGCUUUUACGUCUCUGUUAUCAGACAAGCUGUGCCACUACUAAACGACGCCGUUUUCAGCUGUGAGGUUGUGUUCCUCGUCAUUGGUCUCUAUAGUAUACUUACAAGUGACCCUGGCAUUGUAACAAAUGGGUCUGCCUCUUCAGACCAACCUUUGAAUAGUUCAGUUUCUCAAGUUGACAAUCAUGAUGAGGAGUUGGAGCUUCCAUGUCAUGAAUCAACUGAAGGUUCUGGUUUGGGGACGAGGGUACGAUAUUGCAGAAGCUGCAAGGCAUACAUAAAGGGGCUCGACCACCAUUGUCCUGCUUUUGGGAACUGUAUAGGCCAAAACAAUCAUCUCCUUUUCCUAAUUCUUCUGUUUGGGUUUAUCUCUACCGAAGCUUCUUAUUUAGUAUGCGCAUCGCUUUUUGCUGCCAAAUCCGGGAUCUUAGAUAGACCCAGCAUGGAGCGUACUCUUUCUGAAAAUUUAGCUGUUAGCACAAUUCUGUUCACAAUUCUCCAACUGGUAUGGCAGGUGGUGUUUGUGAUAUGGCAUAUAUAUUGUGUAUGCGUCAACAUCAGAACUGAUGAGUGGAUAAACUGGAAGAAGUAUCCAGAGUUCCUCCUUGUUGUUCAACCCCAGCCAGGGCAAAGAUUCGCGAAUGUAAGGUUCAGGAAUCCGUAUGACAAAGGCAUUCUACAGAAUGUGGAGGAGUUUCUAGCAUUAAGAGCAUAGUAGUGUCAAUGCCUAACCCAGAAGCCUUGCAUAGUUGUCUGCGUAACACUCAUGCAAAAACCAUUCUCCACUUAUUGCUUCCUGUAUAUUCCAGUAUUUGGAGCAACAGGACAAGCAUGUUGAUUGACGGAAAUACUUCGUCUAGCACUAAUUUUGUUUAGGAGUUAGUGACCAUUCUAGUAGUUGACAUAACAUUGAAAUGGCUCCUCUUCAUGGACAUACAUGUCUUGGUUCAUGCAAAUUUACAGCCUAUAUAUGUGUAUCAUUUGUGAUUUGUUAACCAUAUGAUGAAAGGUAAAUAGCUUGACAAUUCGUGUAACCCUUGUAGAUGACAAUUCGUCUAAUAGUUAAACUCAUUAAUCUUUUAA